AUACAUACAUUCAGAACGGUUUGGAAGCUAGCUAGAAAUACAAACAAAAAAAAUCAAAGACAUGAAAAUCGUCUUUCCGAUAUCGAUUGCACUUUUGGCAAUUAUUUCCUUAAGUAUGGCCAAUGAAUCAUCAAUGGAGGAUAAUGAAGAACUUUACGAUAGUGGACUCGCCAAGAGAAUUCCACCACUUCAUCUACUUGGUAAAAAGGACAACAGUAUCGACGGUUUAAUAUAUGAUAAAAGAGCUCCACCCCUCUAUCUCUUGGUAAAGAAAAUUCCACCUGUUCACCUUCUGAAUGGUUAUAGAAAUAAAAAAUAA